AAUGAUAAAAUCUGCUUUCUUGGAUCUUUUUUUUUAUGGCAGGUCAAUAAUACUGAUGCUGAAGGCAGACUCACCCUUGCAGAUGCUUUGGUUUAUGCGUGCAACCAAGGUGUAGAGAAGAUAGUUGAUCUGGCAACAUUGACUGGGGCUUGUGUAGUUGCCCUUGGGCCCUCUAUUGCAGGAGUCUUUACACCGAAUGACGAUCUGGCAAAGGAGGUUUUUGCUGCUUCAGAGGUCUCUGGGGAGAAGUUCUGGAGAAUGCCGUUGGAGGACAGCUAUUGGGAGUCCAUGAAAUCAGGGGUCGCUGACAUGGUGAAUACAGGAGGUCGUCAAGGCGGUGCUAUCACUGCAGCUCUCUUCCUGAAACAGUAUGUGGACGAGAAAGUUCAAUGGAUGCAUAUAGACAUGGCUGGUCCUGUUUGGAACGACAAGAAAAAGUGUGCAACAGGGUUUGGCGUCGCAACUCUGGUGGAGUGGGUUCUGAAAAACUCUUCUUAGUCUCGGUGGCAAAUUGCUAAUUUAUUAAUGUGAAUGGUUCCAAGUAACAGGGCUACGGGAAUGGUUCAAAACAACAGGUGGACUGAGGCAGAUCGACUUAUUCAUUGCAAUGAUAUCUGUUUGGUGAAAUUUGUUGGAAGAGGACGAGGAGAAAGCUUGGGAUGGUUAAUUGCAUGUUUUGAGCUUACUGUGAUUAGUAAUUGCUUCUCAAUGUUCAUCUAGCGCUCUCGUUUGAA